AUGGCCGCCGACAGCUCGUCCCGGCUGUGCCUCGCACUGUUGGUAGUCUGCACGAUGGUCGCCAUCGGAUGGGCAAGGGAGAUCAGGAGCAAGCGGGACCUGGAGGCAGCAGCCUCGCAUCAUCACCACGACCACCACGAGGACCAUGGCGGAGGACACGAGCACCACCACGAUCACCACGAUGAUCACGACGAGAAGGGCCACAAAGGACACCGGCACCACCACCACCAUCAUCAUGGGGAUCACGGCAGCCACGACAAGGAGCACCACGAGGGCCAUCACCACGAACACGGCGGCCACAAGAAGCAUCACCACGACGAGUCCGGGGAACACGACGAGCACCAUGAGCAUGGCCACGGCCACAAAGGCCACAAGCAUCACGAAGACAAGGGCCACAAGAAAGGGGAAAAGGCCCAUGGGUACCACAAGAAGGAGCACAAAGACGAGUACCACAAGGACCACGAGUUCUAUGACGACCAUCACAAGGAUGGCCAUCAUGAGAAGCACGGGCACCAUCACCAUCACCAUGGACAUAAGGAGGGGCACCAUAAGAAGGGUGGCCAUCAUCAUUCCGGACACCACGACGACCACCACGGGAAGAAAGGACACCACGAGAAGGGCCAUCACGAUCAUCACGAUCAUGAUCAUCAUGGAAAGCAUGGUCACGAGCAUCACCACCAUCAUCACGAGGAGCAUGGCGAUAAGGACCAUCAUCAUCAUGGAAAGGAACAUGGGUACCAUAGCGAAGAAAAGAGUGGCCAUCAUCGCUGA